AUGGCUAAAGGUGACCAUGAUUCACCAAGCGGCCGCGGUGCCCGCUGCAGCUUCAUCCACUCCCACCGUUUCAACAUCGUCGCCGGUAUUGGCGCGCUGCUUAGCCUCGUUACUGUGGUGCUCGUCUGUCUACAGGCUACAGGAGACCUUGGCUCCCGUAACAACAGUGAGCCGCCAUUCCUCUUGGUGGCUGACUUGGGAACAGAAAAUGAAACCGGUGCCAUUCUGCAAGUUGACAUCACUUCCGGGUCAAAGGUCACGCUUCCACUGGAGGUGGUUAUGCCGACCGCCCUGGACUACGACCCACUUACAGACUACGUGUACUGGUCAGGAAGGAACAACUACAUCCAACGGGCUCGUCGUGAUGGAAGUGGCAUGGAGACUAUCAUAGAUGCCAAAGGUUACCACCGUAGCUAUACCCCGGUCUAUGGCCUGGCAUUGGACCACGCUGGGGGAAAUAUCUACUGGUCUGUCUACAUGACAGAAACAAUCUCUGUAGCAAAGAAGGAUGGAUCGUCCGCCAGGACACUUCUGUCGUCACCAGCCGCCAAUAUGCCUUACGACCUGGUUCUGGACCCCAGGAAUGCCCUCAUGUACUGGGUCGACUUUGCUGAAGCGAGGAUUGAGCGUGCUGCGAUGGACGGCAGUAACCAAACCACCAUCAUCACGAAUCUAACCUAUCCCAGAGCCAUCGCAAUAGACUUCAAUGAGGAUCGGCUGUACUACAGUGAUUACGGGUACGAAAUCUACAGCUCAGACCUGCUGGGCAACGAUAUCCGACAGGUGAUGCAGGACGGCGAGAAGUGGGUUAACGGAAUCGCGGUUGAUGAGGACUUCGUCUACUGGUCGUCUGUCUGGCCACAUUCACCAUCAUCCCCCCAUCUUGGAAAAAUCGGAAAGUUGUCCAAGUGCGACCUGACCAAGACUGUGCUGGUGGAUGGCCUGUGGACUCCAGACGGCAUCUACCUGUCCACGGCAGCGCCUCCUGGCGUAACCAAUGGACGUCCAUAGACGACAGGCGGAACUCUCACCGCUGCUGUACAGGGGCUUUCCGGGCGUCGGCCAUACAGUAAAACUGACCAGUAUAUAUAUAAAAUCUGGCUUACAGCAAUAGGACAAUAUGGCAUAUCUUUUUUCUUCAUCAGGUAUUGCAAAACUGAGCCUGCAAGGCUCGCCAUGGUAUGAUAUAUAGAUCACUGGAACGCAUUCUGAUGUCGGCUGGCUACUGGUAAAGAGACAAACUAAGUGAAAGUACUUAAAGUUAUUUCUAGUCACAAGGACACCAAGGGACACCAGUUAAUUUGUACCAGUUCAGGUACGCUAAAUACCAUUAUGUGAAAUAGAGUUAAAACACGUGGAUGAAGGUUAGACAUCCAGGUAAUAACAUGCGCAAAAUAGAAUAGCAGAUACUCAUGCCGCUGGAUCUGAUUUUAGAAACAGUCAGAAGUUUCAGGUAGCAUCCAAUGCCUUUCGACAGUGUCCUGACGUUUGGCGUAUCUUAAGCUAAGGGCACAACCCGCCCUACUUGCAAAUACGUGCUGUCUUCGUGCCAAAACGUGGACAAUCUUUGGGAUCCGUAAGUGGUAAGUACCGCAUCCGUACUCGUAGGGAAUCCGACGGAUUUUGGGGCACACAGGCACGCCGUAUAACUUUACGUGUAUGCAAAACUUUGUGUGCGUUGACGUACUCCCUCCCUGCUCUUAUCAGUCGUUCCCCAUGUUUUCAGAAAGACGUGGCGGACGUGGCCUCCUCAAAAACCGUACGGACAAAAUGCACGUACGGCAGGUUGUGCCCUUAGCUUGAUGAAAAUGUUUACCCCAUACGUCGACAAUCUACCUAGCGUGUCUUAUUACAUGGAUUUCAAACCUUAAACGAUGGAUGAACUCCAUACAUACUUAGUAGAAUGGUAAAUAUAUAAUUUUUGGAUGUGUUAACCAAAAAUUAAGAAGAGAAAAAAAUUUUGUAUACAGAGUUCCGAAGCUUUUUAAUGACCUGCCCACUGAUGUUAAGACUUUGGAUACUAAUGUCAUACAGUUUUUGGGUACAAUCAUCAUGAUAGGAAAAGGCGGAUGAUUUUAGAUUUGUGAUGUGUAAUACGUAAGUAUUGUUUAGAUUGGAUUUGUUUUAUCUGUAUAACAGUGUUGUAUAAUGCAAAUGACUCCCACUUUCACAUAAUCUAUAUCUGGAUAUGCACACCUUAAACUAACGUGUAACAAGUAUAAAUUUCCUGUCAGCACCCACUAGAUGGCAAGAUGAUUAUCAAUUUCAUUAAUUAGGCAAAUCAUGGCCAUAUUUGGUUAUCGAGUAUCUGUUACAUGUAUUAAGGUCUUCUUAUGAAAGACUAUAGAAUUAUAGAUUUUUUUUCUCAUUAAUUGGCCAAAUAAAGUUCUAAUUUGCAGUUCAUUGCGGAAUUAUGAACAUCUCUAAGCUAUCCGCAUACUGAAUAUAAUAUCAUUUUCCACUUAGAUUGCAACUUAAAUACCAAUUGCAUUAAUUAUUCAAAUUAUGUCUACAUG